GUAUGUAUGUGUGUCUCAUGGCAUUUGGUGGCAUACAGCCAUUUCUUGUUGUCUGAGUUAAUAUUACCAGUAGUAAUAAAAUUAUGAAUAUAUGUUUUUAUAUUUUGUAUGAGUGUUUGUGUAAAAUGGACAUAGGUUUGUUGUGGAUAAAAUAUUUUAAAAACAGAAACAAGUUAGCCAUCCCAUCUGUCAUUGCUCAGUCUAGUGACACAAUACAAUUUUACUUCAAGGUUUACUUUAAUUGAAUUUCUGUGUGCGUGCGUGCGUGCGUGCGUGCGCGUGUGCGUGCGCGCGUGUGGUCAUACCUCUGCAGUGUGAGUGUGUAAUCUCUGACACACUUCUUCAGCAUUUUUCUGAUCCUCUUCUAAUGACUUGAAGGUCAUGAAUGCAUUUGCAGUCGGGGUUUAUGCAUACACACAGAGCUCUCCAGACACCAGGACUUUUCUGCUGUGUGUUCCACAAACACACUGUACACCAUUGUACACUCUCAGAAAAGAGUAGUAUAUUAAACUGUACAAAUCCCACCUUGUUGCUGGGAUAGUACCCUUAUCUUUUACCUGGAAAUGUGGAUAUGUAGUGUACUUUAAAAAUGAUUUAAGGUACAUAAUUGUACCAUAAUUACCCUUUAGAGUAAAGCUUUAAAGGUUUACUACACACAUUUUUCUAAAAAAAAAAAAAAAAAAAAAGGUACAGAUUGUUUACCCUUCAGGUUACAACUCCACUGACAAGGAAAGGUACAGUUAAUGCCAACAGUUUACAUACAUCUUUUUCACAACUCCACACAUUUUAAGUUCCUGUGUUUUCAGGUAGGGGAUCUACUUUAUUUCCAUAAGAGGUCAUUUCAAAAUAAUAGCUAAAAGAUGGAUUUAAUAAAACUCUUGUUGUAGCCUUCCACAAUUCUCCCGCAAAACACAAAUACCUUUGUGAGAGAAUGCAGAGUUUCUCAGGGAAAGGAAAUGUUAUGCAUUGGAAAAAAAAAAUUUCCUCCCAUCUUGUUUUUUUUUUUUUCCCACUAUGUCCCUGUUGGGCUCCCUACAGUUGAACCUUUCGAGACAAAGUUCUUUUGAGUCGCCUGGAUUUUUCCAUGGUGUCAAGGGCAAAAAGGCACUGGCUCUAAAAUAGAGCCUGAGUUGUACUGUCUUUACAUCAAUUUCUGGAAUCUUCCAGACUGUUUAAAGAGACAGUCAACUUGGUGUAAGUAAACUUCUCAUCCAGUGGAAUUCUGAUACAGUGAAUUAAAGCUGAAAGAAGUCGCUAUCUAACCGAAAUGACCUCUGCUGUGAAUAAAGUCGGUACCCUACUUGACUUGCGAAAAGAAAUGUGUGGUAACAUGAAAUGAGAUUGAAUAUCUUUAGCCUAGAUGUAGGGAAACUUUUGACAUCAGCUGUACAGUUCAGUACCAUUUUGUUUGACAGUGGUAGUGUUUGAUUGCAAUUCAUUUUUCAUUCUACUCAUCAACAAUUUAAUUACAAUAAUUCUUUAAUAUAGCAAAUGUAGUGGAACAUAAAUAGAUUCAUUGUGCUAAUAUAAAUAACUAAAUAACUGUUAAUUUAACAUUAAGGAAAAACAAUUAGUAUGGGUAACAAAUUGAGAUUUUUAUUUUUAUAUAUAUAUAUACACAUACACACACACAUAAGCAUUGUGCUUGCACAGCUGAUGUAGUACUUUUAUCUGAAACAUCCUGGGCUGUUAUGGGUGUAUAUCUGUGUGUGUGUGUGCGGCUUUGUGUGUGUUGUGUAUUUUGGAAACCAGGCGAUGAAAGGCUUAGUGUGUGACUCAGUGAGUGUAAGCUUUGUGGCUCUCCACAACAGGCUGCACACUACGGAGCAGCAAAGACACACACACAGCUCAUGAGUGCAAAAGAAUACUGCAGGUCAGUGUGUUCACUAUAUGAUCAUUUCACGUGUGUGCAUGUGUGUGUGAGUGAGCAUCAUUGAUUAUGCAUUGUAUUGUACAGUAUUGCAUAUUUAUCAUUAUAUUUAAGCAAUAUCACAUGAGCAGGAGUGCUGUUGUACUGAAUGUCGGCAUGCUGUGAUUCAGAGUAGACACGAUGCCGCAGGUGAUAUUCAGUACAACAGAACAAUUGUGAGUGUGAUAUAGUUUAUAUACAACAGUUCUGUAACAAGAAAUUGUAUUAUACCUAAUUACUAUUAUAGUAAAUAUCAGCACAUUUAGAACGCUGCUUAUCCAAUUAAAUUAGUGGCCUGGAAGCAACCUUAGUAUAAUAACUCCUGAGUCUUUACCUAAGCCAUAAUAAUACACAUUCUAAACCAUCUUACAUAACAAACAACAUGCACAACAUUUCACAGUAUCUUAAAUUUAAACAGUGUUCGGUGUUUUGAACCGUAAACGACACAGUCCGAAAAGUGUGUAACACUUAAACUGGAUCUAAUUAAACCUCUUUUAUUGGGACAAACUUCAAACAUUUGUUGUAGUUGUUGAGCAAUCACACGUAACAGUUGGAAGACCAGAUGACGUCUAAGAGCUACUGCUGCUGAAAUCCCGAUAAUUCCAUCAGCAUGUCAACAGUGACACGAUGGUUUGUCAGCUCUGUACUCUAGCAAAUUGCAUUUCAAAUAAAUUUGAGGUUAAUCUGCAGAUUGCCACAGCGUCCUCCUGAAUUAUUGGCACCCUUCAAUAAAAAAGAAACCGCUGGAUUCAAAAUUAUUGGCACCCUUGCACUUUAUAGUUUGUGAAACCUGUGCUGGAGAGCCGCUUCCUGUAACGUCUAAUGAGGCUGGUGGUAGCGGGAUCUUGGCACACUCAUCCAUGAAGAACAUUUUAAACUCCUUUGUAUUCUUAGGACUGUUCAGUCCACAGGUUUUCCAGAUAACAAGUAUGCAACCUCAUUUAUACGCCAGGGAAUCAGGACAUGGUUAAAGGAAACUCAGUUCUAGGGGACUGAGAGCACAUGGAAAAUAAAUUUUUUCAAGAAUGUUCAAUGUGCAUCUUUUUAAAAUAUAUAAACAACAACUGUGCAGUUAAAAGUAGUGAAAUAUAGGGACUAUAAAUGAAUAUCUUUGUGAUGCCUGUUUGAUUCACGCAAUAUAUACGACAUAAACAUCCUGAAACUGUCAAUCUGUGCUUUAAUCUUAAAAGAACCAAAAUAAAAAGUGCAUCAAAUUAUUUACUCAUUAUUUACUUUUCGUUAAUUACUAAGUGUGAUUUUGUGUGUGUGUGUGUGUGUGUGUGUGUGUGUGUUCGGUUUUGUUUGUCGGCAAAAGAAUGGGCAGUCUGGAUGAUGUUCCCUUUAAGGUUCCACUGGGUUCUCUGGAUGAGCCUCUGUGCAUGAUGGAGCCGAUCAUUGCCCACGAAAUCAUCAUUCCAGACUACCACCAAAAACUGCAUGACCUGCAGUAUGACUUCUGUCUGGAGAACUGGGUUCUGAAUGGGUUCCAUGCUCCUUCUAAUAAGCAUGUUUUCAUUCCUGAGUGUGGUUCUGUGCUUCCGACUUGCCCUCCAUACUGGCUCCUGUUUAGCAGCCCUCAGGAGAGGCGCUCCACACACCUCUGCAGAAAGGGUUUAUGUGACAAAGGACAGCGACAGCGCAGCCUGAGCUGGAGUUCGGCGGACCUGAAGAGACGCCACCUUCCCCGUUUGCACUUCCUCACUGACAACUCGGCACGCGAGGCUGCUGGCUACAGCGAGGAUGACGAGUGCUCCUCCACUGAGGAAGAUCGAGGUUUUCGCUCUCAGAGCAGAGAAAGAGCCAAAUUUUCACUGCUUCAAGAGGCUCAGAGGCCCGUGUCACCCCGAGCCCCGAUCCACACUCACAAGAACUCCACCAGCUCUCUGAAGGAGACGAGCAGCCCCCCGAGCCUGAGGUCCUCACGACCUCACAAAAAACACAGCUCAGGGAACUCCAGUGGAAAACGAAACAUCAUCACCCACAAACCACUUACGACACACUCCAAGCUCCAGCCCAGACCCUCCUCAGCCGGCCCGCAGCCCUCUGCUCACCAAUACAAGUCGUCCCUGCAGGCUGCUCGUCCACACACUUCUCAUGGAGAUCGCCACUCUGUCCCAGACUCAUCAGUGGAGCUGCUGUAUGCUCUGAGCCAAGAAGAGAGAGAACUGGUAGAGAGCAUCACUGCUCAGGGAUACACACUCCGUUCUGCCAUCCUGGCUCUGCAGCGCACUGGCACACGUAGUGCAGAGCAGAUUCUGAACUAUCUGUUGGCCCGUGAUCGUCUGUGUGCACUGGGUUAUGAGAAAACUCAGGUGGAGGACGCUCUGGAGAUGUAUCAGAACUGUGAGAGCAAGGCUACAGAGUUCCUGCGAUUGCUGGCUCAGUUCUGUGAAAUGGGCUUCCAGCAGAGCACCAUUAAAGAGGUUCUGCUCUUACACAACAACCACCGGGAGAGAGCACUGGAGGAACUCGUGACGCAUGUCACCUGAACAUUCUGCAUGGAGACAUGGAUAGACUUCUCAGCACACAUCAUUUACAUAUUAGUAAAUCCAGUUAGAAGGAAAUUGCACUGUUUUAUUGUACUGUUGCACAGUUAACUGUGUUUUACCUUGUGACUAGUUGCUUUUAAAUACCUGAUGAUAAGAAGAUUAUAAUCAAGCUUAAUCAGCCGUGAUGAAGCAGUAAAGCAAUCUUGCAUGACGUGUUGUACAGGACAGAUACUGUGGGUGUAACAGACUGCUGUGAGAUUCCAGGGAUGCGGCGACGGAAAGAAUUCAACGCUAUCUGUAGCAUUUCUCAUGAAGUAAAUGUUCCUUCAUGUAGUAAAUUUCAAGUAAAAUACUCUCCUUUCGAAAGCUGUUAUCAGACAUCAGCUUAAAAUCUGCUGAUUUCACUUCAUUAGAUCUUGAUACAAGGAUACAUAUUUGUAUUCACACACUUUUGCUUUUGUUAUUUAAUAUAUUUCCAGUGCAUACAGUAUAUCCACUUCAUAUUUACACACACAUCAUAUAAUGUAAUCGGUUGACUUUGUACUUAUGCAUAUGAACAAAAAGUACUUGUUGAUAAGCAUGAAUAAAGAAAAUGAAACUGAUAGGGGAAAAAGUUUUCAGACACCACAGAUGAACAACAUUAAUACUUUAUUGUAAAGCUGUUGUUGGCAGUUAGAGCUUUGAGACGUCUACAGUGAGAAGUAAUUUGCUUUUUGCAGCACAGUGUUUCAAUUUUGGCCCGUUCCUCUUGGCAAAUUUCCCCAAGGUUAUGAAACUCUAAUGGACGCACAAUAUCAAAUUUGCAAUUUUAUAUAUUUUCAGUGGGAUUCAAAUCAGAAGAUUGGCUAGCUCUUCAUGCAAGGCCUUCUUAAGUUAUUUUGGAUGUAUGUCUGGGGUCAUUGCCUUUUUUGAACCGUCCAUCUUCUCCCCAGAUUCAGUUUCUCGGCUGAUGAGAUUAAAUUCUCCGCUAAUACUGUAUGUCCUUAUCCUGACGCUCCCACCACCGUUCUUCACUGUGUGUAUGGUGUUCUUGGUAUUGAUCAUACGUGCAACCCUUCUUUCUCCAGAUAUGACAAGCUGAAUUAUUACCAGCGAGUUCUAUUUUUGUUUCAUCUGAUGGAGUAUAUUGUUGCAAAAUUGUUCUGAUUCGAACUCUGGGCUUGUUUUUAGUUGUGCAUGAGAUGUAGGAACAGAGAUGAUUGCAGUGCAGUUCAUUGCUUAUUGUUCUCUGUGUAACUGUUGUUCCUGCUGCUUUCAGGUCGUCCUGCAACUCUUUUCGAGUGACUGCUGGCUUCUCUUUUACCUUCCUGAUCAUUAGUCUGAGAGCAUGCUGUUAAAUCGGGGAAGAGUAGUUGUACUUCCAUGAAUUUUCCACCUGCAUAUUAUUGAACCAGUUGUACUGACAGGGACGUUUAAGGCUCUGUAGCUUUUUCCAUUCAAGUUCCAUUCAUUUAAUAAUGUUGUUGUUAGGAAGUUAAUUCACCGUCACCAUGAUUGCUACUUGUGUGAAAUCUUCCCCACCAAUGGCUUUUAUAACGACACCAGGUGCAAUUCGCAGGAGAACAUUUUCCUGCAUUAUUUAUAUCUAGAACUUGGUUUAUUUUUAUGUAGCGUAUACAUAUAUAUUUUUAAUAUAGUGUCCGAACACUUUUUGUUCUCUAUUAAUUUUUUUUUUCAUAUUUAUAAGCACAAAAUGAAAAGACAUUACAAUUUUAAAUUUGAAGUGGAUAUACACACUGGAAGUAUAUUAAAUAACAAAAACAAAAGUGUCUGAAUACUUAUUUCCCGUCACUGUAUAAUGACUUUAAUAUUGUAAACAAAUAUUUUAUUAAAAAGCAUUUAUAAUAAAUGCUAGUUAAGUCUUUCCUGGUGCAUGAAAGACAUUGUGUUGAUGAAAGAAAUCAUUUAAAAUAAUAAAAAACCUGAUAGUGUUAACGCUCAGGCGAUUCGUCUCUGCACCUCUCAUUCACACACUUUCAUCUUUAGGCAUUUGAUGACCUCAGGAUACAUCAAAGUUUAUGGCAUAAAUGCACGUCAAGUCAAUUGCGUUUGCUUCAGAUGAUAUUAGCAUUUUAAUCAAACUGUUACACUAACCAGUGGAUAUUAUCUGUUCUGUAUAUGUUACUGUAUGGAUAUUGGUUUGUUAUGUAAAAUCUGUAACUAUCGUAUAUAUUGUAUUUAGUAAAUUCCAUAUUCAAACUUUAUUAAGAUUUAUAUGCAAAUUGUAUGCUGUGGUUGCAUUUUAUUUGUAACUAAAAUAAACGUUUCAUUGCAUAAAAAAUGAUUCCAUGGUCCCCAAAAGUGUUCAAAGCCAUAUUUACAUGUAUAUAAUGUACAGAAAUACAA